AUGUCGACGUCGACACCAGAAGAACUCCUCCGCAACGCCGAAAAGAAGGCAUCCGCUUCCGGCGGUUGGUUCUCCUCCGCCACCUCCAAACAGGAGGAAGCCGUGGAACUCUUCAAAGCUGCCGCCAACAAGUUCCGCAUCGCCAAUCGAUUCGAAGAGGCCGGAAACGCCUACAUGCGUGCCGCCGAGACUGAGAUCAAGACCGGAGAGAAGGACUACGCCGCCAACACGUUCUUCGAAGCCAACAAGUGUUUCCGCAUGAGUCGACCCGAGCUCGCUGUCGUAGCUCUCACCCGUGCGAGGGAGAUUCUCAUCGAGCGGGGCAGGUUCAGACAGGCAGCGGAUAGGGAGAAGGCGGUAGCGGAGCUGUACAAGAACGACGCGAACGAUCCGGAGAAGGCGUUGGAGGCGUACGAACAGGCGGCGAGUUGGUAUCUGCAGGAAGGAGCGAAUGCUACCGCCAGCGGGUGUUACAGGGAAGCAGCCACGUUGGCUACCGAUCUAGGCAGAUUCCCUCAAGCCAUCGAGAGGUGGGAACAGGUGGCGAGCAUGUCCUUGGAAAGCAACCUGACAAGAUACAGCGUCAAAGACUACUACCUGAACGCUGGAAUGUGUUACCUCGCUAUCCCAGACUACGUAGCAGCAGUGCGCGCAAUGCAGUUCUACGCGGAACAGGACGCAAGCUUCCCGACCACCAUGGAAGGUCGUUUCCUCCACUCGCUCGUCCAGGCCUGCGAAGAGGGCGACCUGCAAACCUUCGACGCCCGCGUACAGGAGUACGACCGCACCAAAAAAAUCCAAGGCUGGCAGGCUUCGCUACUCAGAGCCGUCCGUAAGGGCAUUCAGGACGAACCUGACCUGUCCUAG